UCUUUACAAUGGACAUGCUCUCUCCUCCUCCUUCUCUACUUGGGCACUUGGGCAUAGGCAAUGCAUAGCUCCGUUUUCUAAUUUCCCUCUCCACUUGCAGAUCUUAACGAAUCAGAUCCAAAAAGACCAACCAAAAAAUGAGCAGAUUAUUGGAACUUUCUCGUAGGGUUACUCCCGCUUCUCUUCUCAAACCCACCCUUCCUCCACCCAUUUCCACCACCUCCUCCUCCGCUUUCUCCACCGUGCUCCACCACCAGAACUCGAAUCUUCUCUCCCAUCAUGGACUUGCAAUCGGGGCGAUGGACUCAAAACCCUCGCAAAGCCCUAACAUUUUACCCAGAAAUGCUGGAAAAAGUCGACUUUAUUCUUCAGCAUCGGAAUACUCUGGUCCAAAGCACAGCGCUUACAUGAAUCAAUUAUAUCCAAAGUCAAAUUCAAGCUUCAAAUUAAGCAGCGGAAAUUCAUUGCAAGCGAAUAUCGUUCGAUUAAGUGAGGAAGUAUUUUUGGUUGAUUCCGGAAUAGGAACCCCUAGAAUUUGCCUACAAGACGAGCUAAUCGGGGUGAAAAACAAGGAGAAAAUCAGAUUCGAAAACCGGGUCGGAUUCCUGGACUUAGUUACGGGUGAAUCCCAUAUAAACAAGCAGAUUCUAGAGAGGUUUUUCAUCGAUUUAGUUGCUGGAGAUUCGACGGCGAAAGAGCGCGCAACCGAGAGGUUUAACGAUUUGGUUGGGGGGUCGGCGGAUGUGAAUGCUGUUGCUGCCGGUGAACCACUGCUUGUUCUUCCAAGAAGAUACCGGCAGAAGCGUGCUUGGAUGGAGUUGAAAAAUAAAUACCGAUCGAAUUCGAAUGUGAAAGGGUUUAUUGUGGGGAAAAUUAGAGGAGGUUAUUCGGUUGCUAUUGCUGGGUUUGUUGCAUUUCUUCCAUUUCGUUCUAGAAGUACAAGUUUGAGAAAAGAUCUUUUUCUUAUUGAGAAAAUUAACCUCAAAAAUGGGAAUAUUGUGGUCGCGUAACUUCAACAACAACAAUCAAGAGUAUUUUCCUCUCUCUUGUCUAUUUUAGUUUGUUUUGUUAUGAUAGAUUAUGUUUCAAAUACUUCAAUUAGGCGAAUAAUUUAAUGGUAGUUUCGAAACUAAAAGGCAUUUUGUUGUGUUCUUGUCUGUGCGAAGCAAAUCAAGAAAUUGCCAUUUUGCUACUA